UAUGCAACCUGUACUAUAACGCGAAUAGUCAUUAGGCUAUUACGCCAUUUUAAGUGUAGUUUAUGAAUUUCAUGAAAUACCUGUCUGUGACACUGAAUGAAUGUCAGAAAACACAAUGCGCUGAGUAACUGAGGAACAGCUUGUUUGGCCAUUGAGUUUCGGCGCACACGAAAUGAAGAACAACGAAAGUAAAACAGCGUACAUCCACGUCAGCGCACAGAUGUUGACAGACAGGAAGAACUUGCACGCAGGGUGGACGGGAGCGCGCACGCUAAGCGAAGAAGGAAAUAUGGCGGCCCACAUGACACUAGCCCAGAUAUCAAAUGGAAACGCAGCUUAUGACCAUUUCUACCGACAAGUGGAUCCUGCAAACACUGGAAAAGUGGGAGCUGCAGAGGCCGCCCAGUUCCUAAAAAGAUCUGGCCUCUCAGACAGCACUUUGGGAAAGAUUUGGGAAUUGUCUGACACAGACCGUAAGGGCUAUUUGGACAAACGGGGAUUUUUUGUUGCUCUGAGGUUGGUGGCCUCUGCCCAGAGUGGCAAUGAUGUCAGCCAUAACAGCCUAAACCAGGCCGUGCCGGCUCCAAAGUUUAGGGACACAGGCAGUCCAUCCCUGAGUUCAGCCCCUCCUCUGUCCACUGACUCCAGCUGGACCGUUAGGUCUGAUGAGCGAGCCAAGUUUGAUGGGAUCUUCGAGAGCUUGUGCCCUGUGAAGGGCCUUCUCUCAGGGGACAAAGUGAAGCCGGUCCUUAUCAACUCUAAACUCCCCCUGGAUGUGCUCGGCAGAAUUUGGGACCUCAGUGAUGUUGACAAAGAUGGACAUUUGGACAAAGACGAGUUCACAGUGGCUAUGCACCUGGUGUACCGCGCCAUGGAGAAGGAGGUGGUACCCGCAACCCUCCCCUCCUCCCUCAUCCCUCCAUCCAAGCGGAAGAAGAUUGCAGGGUUGCUGCCGGGCUCGGUGGCCGUGCUGCCCUCCAGCCCCUUCAUGCUGAAGGACAGCCUGGGCCUGCGCCCCACCACCUCCACCCAGGGCAGGCAGAGUCCACUGGGCAGCAGUGGUGGCGGUGGCCCAGGCAGCCUGUCCCCGAAACACUCCUUUAAGAGCAGCCAGCCCCCACAGCCUGCAGUGAGCUGGGUGGUCCCGCUGGCCGACAGAGGGCGCUAUGACGACAUCUUUGCGAAAGUCGACUCUGAUAUGGAUGGCCUGCUUGGGGGCGCUGAGGUCAAAGACAUCUUCAUGAACUCAGGACUGUCUCAGAGCAUGCUCGCACGCAUCUGGUCUCUGUCCGACACCAAACAGAUGGGGAAGCUGUCCAGAGAGCAGUUCUCUCUGGCCAUGUACCUCAUCCAGCAGAAGGUCACCAAAGGCCUCGACCCUCCUCAGGCCCUCACCCCAGACAUGAUCCCCCCGUCAGAGAAGGGAACACCGGGGCCCGGUUGCUAUGGCUUUAUGGCUCCUCUUCUUACCCCCCAAAGGGCUGCGUUUAACAUUGGCCGCAACACCAUCAGCAGCAGCUCAGUGGUGGCCCUGGAACUCACCGGGACCAAAGAGCUGGAUGACAUCAUCCAGGAGAUCAACCAGCUGCAGAGGGAGAAAGUUACAGUGGAGCAGGAGAUCAGGGAGAAAGAGGAGACCCUGCGACACAAGAGCAGCGAGCUUCAGGACAUGCAAGGGGAGCUGGAGAGGGAGACCAGCGGGGUGCAGGACCUGGAGGCCCAGCGACAGGUGGCCCAGGACCGGCUUCAGGAGAUGGACCAGCAGAGGGCCAAGCUGGAGGACAAGCUCAACGAUAUGAAGAGCAAGUACCAGAUGGAGAGCCAGAAGGUCUCAUCGCUGCAGCUGGAGAUCAGCUCUCAGGAGCAGGAGGUGCAGAGCCAGGAGAAGGAUCUGAGUCGCACGCGCACAGACCUGUACUGCCUGCAGCAGGAGGAGAGUCAGCUGGAGGAGCGCAUCCACGCCGGCCAGGCCAAGCUCCAGAGCAUCCUCAACCUGCUCAAGACCUCUAAGGACGAGAUGGAGGAGGCAAAGAGUGAGCUGACCCAGAUCAACAGCAGCCAGCAAGAGCUGACUAAGACCAUUGAGGAGUACAGCAAGGCCUUGAACGGCAGCCUCAGUGACCUGACCCGCUUCCCUGAGCUUGAUGACCCCCUGCCCAACAAUAGGCCUCCGGAGCGCCUUAAUGGGGGCCAUGACGGCAUGGAGAGCAGCUCCAGCUCCUUCCGGUCUAGAGUAGCCAUGUUCAACACUACUGCCAAAGACAUUCCAGCAGAUCCCUUCAAGUCUGAGGAUCCAUUUAAAUCAGACCUCUUUCAAGAUCCCUUCGGAGGAGAUCCUUUCAAAGAGAGUGACCCUUUCAAAGCUGCCGAUCCGUUUGCGUCCGCAGACCCCUUCGGGAAGGGUUCCUCAAAGCCCAACUUGUCUCGAGGCGGCAGCCCUUUUGCCCAGUCCAGCACCAAGCCCAAAGACUCAGGUAGCCCAUCCAUCCAUCUGUCCGUCCGUCCGUCAGCCAGUCAGUCAGCGCCCUGUUAUUAAGCAUCGCCUCUCUCUCUCCGCGUGUGUAUAUAUAUAUACACACACUAACCACAGUUGUCUCUGUGCAUUGUCAUCACUAUUGCGAUACACACACCCGCCUCACUGAAAAUGGCAGCCCUCCUCUGCCUGUGUGCAGUUUGACACAAGGCCUUUUAUUUAGAUCUGUCUGCCGUAGACCCAGUGUGUGUUUGUUUGUCUUGGGCCGGGGCCUUGUGUUGUCUGCCCUGGGAGUAGAAGAAAACAAGGGAGGGAGACAGAAAGUGGCUCAGCUCCCGCAGAUGCCUUUUUCCAAAUCUGUUCUAAGAAGUCCCAAGAAGUUCUAAAGUAAAAGACCAUAAACCUACACUGUAAACUUGUGUAAAAACUAAUUUGCAGUGCGAGUCUGAUGGACAUUUUGCGGCUCAGCCCUUCGUCUUCGUCGCAUUUGGCUAGAGCAGGUUUCUCCUUUUGUCAUAAGUGAAGGUGCAUGUAUUAUACCCUACAUUGAUCCUUUUAGCAGACGCUUUUAUCCAAAGCAACUUACAGUACAUGUGAAGUAUGCAUAUCAUCAGUUUGUUGUCUCAGUGGGAACCAUGACUUAAGUGUCUUCAGCAUCUUGUUGACACCCUUGCUGUUGUUGAGUGACAGGAACACAAGACCAGAAUGUUAGAGAUACAGGCCACCAGUCGUGCUCCUACCAGCUCCGGGCUUGCAAGCGUUAGUGGGAAGGGGAAGUGCCACCCCCCUCCAAUGCCCCAUAAUUUAAAGUGAAGCUAACAUGAGUCGUUCCACUGAGAAAUCUACCUGUGAACACGAUCAUAAAACA